GAUAAACACAAAAACAUACACACUUUAUACACACAGAGGUGACUCUUUUUCGCCGUUAAGUAUCGGAAUAAUUUAGGGCACCAAAACGAAUACACACACAUACAUAUAUACAUACAGUUUAUAUAUACAUAAAAAACUGUAAUUGAAAGUAAUUAAUUAAAAUAUAAUAAUAAUAUGGAAAUGGAACUGCUGCGUUCGAAUCUGUCCAGGGUUCGGAUUCCGGAACCUACAAAUCGCAUUUAUAAGCAGGAAUGCUGUAUCAGCUUCGAAACUCCGAAAUCCGAAGGUGGAUUGUUUGUGGACAUGAACACGUUUCUUGCCUUUGGGAAGGAUUAUGUUGGUUGGAAUUUUGAGAAGACUGGUGACCCAGUUUACUUGCAUAUUAAACAUACAAAGAAGCCAAUUCCCGAAGAUAGACCUCUAAAGAAACCUACUCUCUUGGCUAUUGGUAUUGAUGGGGGAUUUGAUAAUCAAGAACCUGAAUAUGAUGAAACUUUCAGCAUAGUAAUUCUGCCAGAUUAUGCGACUCUUCCUUUUCCAUCAGUGGCUUUACCUGAGAAGGUACGAUUGGCAGUUGAUGCAGUUAUAAUUGCAGAGGGUGCUGAACGGAAGGAGCAAGUUGCAUCUUGGACAGCUGAUACGAAGCAAGUUAGUGAACAUGCAUUGACCUUGAAACAGAUAGAUAAUGGUGUAAAAAUUCCUCCAUCUGGAUGGAAAUGUGCCAAGUGUGACAAGACUGACAAUCUGUGGUUGAAUUUAACUGAUGGAAUGAUCCUCUGUGGGCGGAAACUUUGGGAUGGGACUGGUGGUAAUAACCAUGCCAUCGAACAUUAUAAUGAGACUCGUUAUCCUCUUGCUGUAAAGCUUGGGACAAUAACUUCUGAUCUGGAAGGAGCAGAUGUUUUUUCUUAUCCGGAGGAUGACAGUGUGACUGAUCCUUAUCUGGCGGAUCAUCUGGCAUUUUUUGGUAUUGAUUUUUCCUCCUUGCAAAAGACAGAAAUGACAACAGCCGAAAAGGAGCUUGACCAAAAUACUAACUUUGACUGGAAUCGGAUUCAAGAGAGUGGACAGGAAGUUGAACCACUUUUUGGACCCGGAUAUACUGGACUAAUUAAUCUUGGCAACAGUUGUUAUCUGGCUGCAACCAUGCAAGUUAUCUUCUCAACUCAUUCGUUUUCUUCGCGGUACUACAAGAACCAAAGUUUGAAAACGGCUUUUAGUAUUGCUCCAGCUGAUCCAACUGUAGACCUUAAUAUGCAAUUAACAAAACUUGCUAAUGGUCUUCUUUCUGGUAAAUAUUCUGUUCCGGCAGUGAAGAAUGACGAUGUGGCAAAUGCCGUAGACCCGUCUUUAAGAGCUAAACAAGAAGGAAUUCGUCCCAGGAUGUUUAAGGCGGUAAUUGCAGCCAGCCAUCCCGAGUUUUCGACCAUGCGUCAGCAGGAUGCUCUGGAAUUCUUUUUACAUUUGAUUGACCAAGUUGAGCGAGUUAAUGCCAGUAAUCCUGAAUCAGAUCCAGCUAGGAGUUUCAAGUUUGGAAUUGAAGAGCGCCUUCAGUGUCCUUCAGGAAAGGUUGCUUACAAUAAAAGAAAUGACUAUAUUCUUUCGUUGAAUAUUCCACUUGAGAAGGCUACUAACAGAAAGGAGCUAGAAGAGUUCCACAAAUUGAAGGCACAAAAAGAGGCAGAGGGGAAGGAACUGUCUUCUGAUGAAAUUGUACGUCCGAGGGUGCCGCUAAGUGAUUGUCUAAAUAGCUUUUCUCAUCCGGAGGAGGUGCAAGGUUUCUAUAGCACUGCUUUAAAUGCUAGAACAACUGCAAUCAAGACUGCAGGCCUGACAUCAUUCCCUGAUUAUUUGGUACUGCAUAUGAGAAAAUUUGUUAUGGAAGCUGGUUGGGUGCCAAAGAAGCUUGAUGUCUAUAUAGAUGUUGAUGAUAUCAUUGACAUUAGUCACAUGCGAAGCAAAGGUCUUCAGCCAGGUGAAGAGUUGUUGCCUGAAGAUGCUCCUGGAGCCCAGGAAGAGUCGGCAAAGCUUCUACCUAAUGAAGAUAUUGUAUCCCAACUAGCUUCGAUGGGAUUUAACCAUCUCCAUUGUCAAAAGGCUGCAAUCAACACCUCAAAUGCUGGGGUGGAAGAGGCAAUGAACUGGUUACUUUCUCACAUGGACGAUCCAGACAUUGAUGCUCCCAUUCAUAAAGAGACUAAAAACGAGGUUGAUCCAUCUAAAGUUUCUACGCUGAUGUCCUUUGGUUUUGAAGAAGAAAUAGCUCGAAAGGCAUUGAAGGCUUCUGGUGGCGACAUCGAGAAAGCAACGGACUGGAUCUUUAACCCCCCUGCUGCAUCUGGGCCCACAGAUAUGGAUGCAUCCAGCAGUGCUACUGUUGAUGCCACAUUACCUGAUGGGAAUGGAAAAUAUCGACUGAUUGGACUGGUGAGCCACAUUGGCACGUCCACACAAUGUGGGCACUAUGUAGCUCAUGUAUACAAAGAAGGAAGGUGGGUUAUUUUCAAUGAUGAUAAAGUGGGUGUUUCUAAAGACCCACCGAAAGACAUGGCUUACCUCUACUUCUAUGAGAGGAUUCAAAGUUGAAAAAUCCAAGCGGGGUUUCAGUUAUAUUCCGCAACACCAUUUGAUUUGGCUCUUUCUGUCCUGGAUCUUUCUAUUUACUCCCUGGGAGUUCUGGUUUGUAUUUGAAAGAGGGAAAGGGAGGUGGUGGGGGUUAAGAGUAGAUAUUGGAUUUACUGACGCUAACUUUUUGCUCUUUCCCCACUAUGUGGGAUCAUAUAUUGGUGCCAAUACCAGCUUAUAAUUCCAAAGAUGUUGCAGAA